UCCUUUGUCGAAGACUUCAUUGACAACAAAACAGCAUGCGCUUCAGAAAUAGUCUUCCGUCUUGCCUGCAAACAGCCCUGCCCUCGCCUCUUCACACAAACAUGGCGCGAACGAAUCCAAAGAAAUCAACUCAAAACGAGAAGAAGGACUGGGGCGAGGUGACGCCGGAAGCGGUUCAAGCUCUCUGUCUCGCCAAUGCACCACGUAGCUUGCUAUAUCGUCAUCCGGUACUACGGCGAAUCUACCUUGUGAUAUUCGUACUCACCACCUUGCUCACUCUCCUACCGCUUUGGUCUUUGCUUUACCUUCCGCGCUCCAAUCGUCCCCGGCGGUCAUGGACUUUACAACGUUGUUUACGCGUGCGCUGGAGCCGAAGACUAUGCGGCGUUGUGGCUAGAUGCGAAAUAGAUUAUCUUGGUAGAGACUUGAAUCUGGAUUUGGAUCCGAUGCGAUUAUCGCACUCCCACCCAAUGACAGUCCCCCCUGCCCCAUUACAUCUCCUUCAGGGGCACCCAAAGGAAAUGCUAGAGCUGUUGCACCAAUCACGAGGGUCUUGGGACCCUCAUUUCAUCUAUAGAGCCAACAGGGCAGCUACAGGCGCGUGGGGCGCUUGGAAUAGUCGAGACGAGAAGGAACUGUCUAAAGAAUACGGAUUUGAACCUGUCAAGGCUUUUUGGUUCACCGGGGAAAAGGGCGCACCAGACGAGAAACCUAAACCUCGCCAAGAUGGCGGCCCGGUUAUUCUCCAUUUCCAUGGCGGCGGAUAUCUUUGCGGCACAGCAGCCGAAACAGACUUGACUUCCUCCAUCUGCAAAGCUCUUGUCAGUUACUCGCCCGUCCAUCAUAUCCUGUCGGUAGACUAUCGGCUAGCACCAGUCGGACCUUGGCCAUUACCUCUACUCGAUGCGAUCUCCGCUUAUCAUUAUCUCGUAAAGAUAGAGGGAAUACCAGAGCAGGAUAUCGUUAUUGGUGGCGAUUCAGCUGGCGGGCACCUUGCGAUGGCGUUGACUCGGUGGUUGAGGGAUGAAGGCGAUCAUGUAGGCCUCAGUAUGCCUAGGGGCAUCGUUCUCAUGAGUCCAUGGGGCGAUUUGGGAUUCACCAACGCGUGGGGUGCGGACGAAUACAAGUACAACGCAGACUCGGACACUAUUGACGACACUUUUGGGCCAUUUGCUUGCUCACUGCUUCUUCGUGCUCUUCCCCUAUCCAUUCUAUAUUCCUCGCCAUAUCUUUCACCCGCGUCUUCCACCUUAUCGGCCACAAGUCUAUUCAACAAUUUCCCACCAACCUACAUUGUUUAUGGCGGAGCAGAGCGGCUUGCGAAAUCGACGGAAACGUUAUACUCGCGAAUACAGCUGGCUCGUCGAGCUGCCGACAAAGUCCUUGUUCCAGACAGACUGUUCGCGAGCCCAGAUGCGGUACAUGACUUUGUGAUCUUUCCAUGGAUGGCGAGAGAGGCCUCACAGGUGUACGAAGACUUGGAUAAAUGGCUGCGAGAACUCUUAACUACUGAUAUAUGUAGUCCGGCAGCGGCUUCAAAAGAGUCCUUGAAGCAACCGAAGAAAAUCACAGAUCAAUGUCGACUGACUAGGCAAAGAACAUUGGAAAGCCUUAGAUCUCACAAAUCCCCACGAAUGUGCGCUGCGCCUGAUUCUGGAAUGCUCGAGCUGGUCCAGGACAUGCAAGAAGAGGGAAUGAGCAUGAUUGAGAUACCCAAACUCGACCUGGGCUCGACCGCUAUCACCUGAAAUAUAAAUUGUCCUGAAUCAUUAUGUGCGCGAUGCGUUCGCAGUUUUAUCCUGGACGUCUGAUUAUCAUAUCUCCCACACCAUUUACACCUGUAGCUGGAACUAGAUGUAUACCUUCACUGUAAUC